AUUCCGUCGCGGCUCUAUCGCUCUCUAAAUGGCGCUCACCAUGACCCUCGGCCAGAACAAGAUGUACAACGUGAUCCAGCAUUCAGCUCCUCAAGCGAACUGCGUCAUCGUGACCCAGCAAACUUCCGGCAAGAGACCGCUAGCUCCGGCUCCCGAAAGGACCUCGGUGCUGGUGGCGAACAACAGUGACCUCAGGUGCAAGAGGAAGAUACAGUUCUCGCCGUACGGUGCUCCGCCCCAGCAACCCGCUUCGGUGGCUAGAAGAAACGCCCGUGAACGAAACCGUGUGAAGCAGGUGAAUAACGGUUUCGCGACGCUCAGGUCUCACAUCCCGGGGAGAGGCGCCUCCAAGAAGCUCAGCAAAGUGGAGACGUUGCGGCUAGCCGUCGAGUACAUCCGGUCUUUGCAGCAAAUGAUCGAAGACUACGAAUCUGACGUGCAAACUUCGAACCCAGCGCACGCCAGUACCAGUGACAUCAAGUAUUACUCCGCAAACACAGACUCGAACAUCUACCAAGGUUCAUAUCCGGUUCUCUUACCUACGCCCGCAUGCUCAGAAGCGUCAGUGUCUCCGACGCCGUCGCAUAGUUCAGAAGGAUCUUUCUCCACCCAGAGCUAUACUGGAGCUCUGUACCAUCACGCGGAAAACUACGAGAACUACGAUCCGAAAAGUCCUGACGAUGACGAGGAACUGCUCGACGCUAUCUUCAGUUGGCAGCAAGAAUAA